UGGACAGAACAGGGACGCAAAGACGGUUUGCAACUAAACGGAGCAUCUAUUGACAAUUAUCUUGCAGAAGUCACUGCAUGUGUCAACUUCGCCGCUGAGAGGAGAGAGCCUGUCUUCAAAACAAGAGGAUAUUGCAUGCCGUCAGUGUGCAGCACAGUGUCAUAAACACAUACACUGCUUUCAACGAGGCAUUCAACAAGGUUCGUUGUGAGGCUUACUCCCCUUUCAUCAUCACUCUGUGCGUCUCCUUCUUGGCGCUCUUUAAACUGAUCAUCAGUGGAAGUGCUCCCGAGCUGCAGGAGCCCAGCUGUCACAUCCCUCCACCACUCAGAGUGUGCUCAGGCUGGCUGGCUGCUGCACAGGCACCAUGGAGCAGAAAGCACCCAAGGAUGACAGCCCCGCAAAGGGACAAGAGUCUCUGUCAUAUCAGCGGAGGAUGUGGAAGAAUUUCCAGGAGAAAACCAAGCCCUGGCUCAGUCCUAAACUGGGAUCGGAGCGUCGCGGUACCGGGGGCGCUGAGGGCAGCAAAAAGGAGUCUGGAUUAUGGAUGUUUAAGAGGAAAAAGAAACAGUUGGACCGGGUUUUUUCGUCGUCUCAGCCGAAUCUGGUAUGUUCCACGCCAGCGCCUUUUGAAGGAGAUAGCCAGACUCUUGGUAGCGAUGCGGUCCCGGGCACCAGCAGCGACGGGCAGCCUCUGCUACAUCAUCUUGGCGCAGCUUCUGGAGCCACGGGGAGCAAACCCGAGCUGACGGCGCACGGGAGCCCUAAACUCCCCGUCUCUCAGCUGAUCAUGUACCAGCAGAAGAGCUCCUCUCUCGGGUCGGCAUGCUUCGAGAAGCUGGUGGUUGACCCGGCUGCGGUGCUGGGAGAGGAUGAGCAGCUGCGUAAAAACGCAAGUGAUUCUGGCAUCAACAUAGUGGGGCCCAGUAAUGCAGAAACCACUGCACGACCUCCCAGUCCAGCCAUGUACCAGCUGGACAUUAUCCUAAAAAAAGGGAACAACCUGGCUAUCCGAGACAGGACGGGGACCAGUGACCCAUAUGUGAAGUUCAAGAUUGCGGGGAAGGAAGUGUUCAGGAGUAAGACCAUCCAUAAGAACCUCAACCCGGUGUGGGAGGAGAGAGUUAGCCUUCUGGUGGAUACCCUGAGGGACCCGCUGUAUGUAAAGGUUUUUGACUAUGACUUUGGACUUCAGGAUGAUUUCAUGGGCUCAGCGUACCUCCACCUGGAGUCACUGGAACAUCAAAGGACACUGGAUGUGACGCUGGACCUGAAGGACCCACAGUACCCUGAAAAUAACCUGGGCAGUCUGGAACUGGCUGUCACGCUGUCGCCAAAGGAGGACAUGAGGGAUGCUACCAUGCUUUUGAGAAGGAACUGGAAGCGAUCUAGUAAGUAUCAGAGUAUGCGUCUGUCAGAUGUGCACAGAAAAGCCCAGCUGUGGCGAGGGAUAGUCAGCAUCAGUCUGAUUGAGGGUCGCAGCCUCCAGCCCAUGGACGCCAACGGCCUCAGCGACCCGUACGUCAAAUUCAGGAUGGGCCACCAAAAGUACAAGAGCAAGACCAUUCCCAAAACGUUGAACCCUCAGUGGAGAGAGCAGUUUGAUUUCCACCUGUAUGAAGAGCAGGGAGGCUACGUGGACAUCACAGUCUGGGACAAAGACGCUGGCAAGAAGGAUGACUUCAUGGGAAGGUGUACCAUCGACCUGUCACUCCUCAGUAAAGAACACACACACAAGUUGGAUCUGCGACUGGAGGAAGGCGAAGGUGUGCUGGUGCUGCUGGUUACACUCACUGCUUCCGCUGCUGUUUCCAUUUCCGACCUGUCCGUCAACAUGCUGGACGACCCGAACGAGAGACAUCAGAUCAUGCAGAGAUAUAACGCGUGGAGAUCAUUCCACAACCUGAAAGAUGUCGGCGUGGUGCAGGUGAAAGUCAUCAGGGCUGAGGGACUGAUGGCAGCUGAUGUCACAGGAAAGAGUGACCCUUUCUGUGUAGUGGAGCUGAGCAACGAUCGGCUGCAGACGCACACCGUGUACAAAAACCUCAACCCAGAGUGGAACAAGGUCUUCACUUUUAACGUCAAGGACAUCCACUCCGUACUUGAGGUCACCGUUUACGACGAGGACCGAGACAGAAGUGCAGACUUCCUGGGAAAAGUGGCUAUCCCUUUACUAAAUAUCCAAAAUGGAGAACGCAAAGCCUACGCCUUGAAAAGCAAGGAGCUGACAGGGCCAACAAAAGGGGUCAUCUUUCUCGAAAUAGACGUGAUUUUUAAUGCUGUGAAGGCUGGUCUCAGGACAUUGAUUCCCAUUGAGCAGAAGUACAUUGAGGAGGAGCCUAGAGUGUCCAAACAGCUGCUGUUGCGCAACUUUAACAGAGUUAGGCGCUGCAUCAUGUUCCUGAUCAACGCAGGCUGCUACAUCAACAGCUGCUUUGAAUGGGAAUCUCCACAGAGGAGCAUCUGUGCUUUUGUGCUUUUUGUCAUUGUCGUGUGGAACUUUGAACUCUACAUGAUUCCUCUGGCUCUGCUGCUGCCUUUGGCCUGGAACUACAUCCUCAUUGCAUCAGGGAAGGAUACCAGACAAGAUGUGCAAGCAGUGGAGGACCUUCUGGAGGAUGAGGAUGAGGACUUUGACAAAGAUGACAAGGACCGUAAACCAGGCCCCUGGGAGGACAGCCGUGAUAAAAACCAUAUCCUCGAGGAUAUGUUGGCUUCCUGGCACUUUGAGUGGAUACGAGCGAUGGACUCGGAGAGAAAGGGUUUCAUGAACAAGCUUUAUGCCAUUCAGGACGUGUGCAUCAGCGUGCAGAAUGCACUGGAUGAAGUGGCCUCCUAUGGCGAGAGGAUAAAGAACACUUUCAACAGCAGUGUAUGAUCUCAUUAAUGUGAUUUCUGCUUAUGUAACGUGCAUGCAUUCACGCACGCUUCGACAAAUCCAUGCACACGCAGAGAUUGCAGUAUUAUUACAUAAAGCAAAUGAAUAUGUGAGUGAAAUGUAUUGUUUAUUGUUGAGCUAACAGAGUUAGAGUGAUUUCUCAUGUUUAGAUUGCUAUAAUGCUGUAGGUUUAGUACACAGUGUUUGGGGGCAUUUCUAUCAAGUUUUCCCCUUAUGUCUGGCAAUUAUCUGAGCAAUUUGAUCAUCAGUCAUGUUAUUAGUGUUCAAGUUUCCACAACAAAGACCCCAGUGGGUUAUGUCUAUACAACCUCAGGAGGGAACAGAAACAUGUUAAAGUUCUUGUUGAUGCUGAACAUGUGAAAUGUUUUAAAAAGGCAGGGAUAUAUAUAUUUUUUUUUUUUACAUGAUUACGGUUUGUUUGUGUAUCAGAUACAACUCACAUCAGCUAAUUAGUAUCCACAUACUGAGAUAUAAGUAGAGGAAGAGGGAGGAAAAAAGAGGGGGAGGAAGCAAGGAGAGGGUAAGGGAAGAUAAUUAGACAGAAUUAAGCCAUCUCUUUUAAUCUAGCCCCUGAAAGAAAGAGAGGGAGAGGGAAAGAAAGAAAGAUGGGGGGUAGGAAGAGGAGGUGUCUGGGGGUGAGGCCUACACAUUCACCCCUCUGCUCUGUCGCUCCCUCUCUCUCUCUCUCUCUCUCUCUCGCUUGCUUGCUCCCUGGCUGUCUGGCAGAGGGUGUGAAUGUGUGGGAAAAGAGGGGCCUGGUGCCUGAGCCUCGGCAGAAUGAUCAGCUUGUGUUUCUGAGGCUUGAGAAGUGUCCCAUUGUCAUGAUGUCACUGCAACUCAAGGCAGCUAACCUCUGACCCCUAUGGAUUCAUGGCACCCCACACCAGCAACCCCCCUACCCCAAAACCCAAAAAGGGCCAGAUUGCCACUGGGCGCCCACUAGGGGGUACCCAAGCCUUUUGCUUUGAAAUGUAAGGUGCUUGCGCCUUAACGCCGCACAACUCAUAGAAUAUUUACCUAUGAAUCUGUACCCCUAUGUACCCCUGAUUAGGGCUCCUCUCCCUUGCUCUGUUCACCCUGCUCUUUCUUUCUCUUGCUUUUCCUCAGCCGCUCUGCCAUCCCCGCCAACCACAGCUCUUUUUCUCUCCGCUCUCUCGCUCGCUCUCUCUCUCUCUCUCUCUCUCUCUCUCUCCCUCCUACACGCGUUGUAUCUUGGUACCCAUGAAUAUAGCAAGCGCCGCCAGAUGUCGCAAAUACAUCAUCUGAGGGAUGCGGUGGUGAUGGAAGAAAGUCAGGGCACGUACGAGUGGGGGAUGUGAGCCGACUUGAGCUCUCUAAGCGUUUGUGUCUAUGUGUGUGUGUGUCUGUGCCUCACUGUAUGCCAGCAUUCAACUGUGCAUGUGUGUGUGUGUGUGUGUGUCUCUGUUUCCCAUGGUGUGUGUGUUAGCGUGUGGUUGGACAAGUGUGUCCCUUUUGUGUGCAUACGCAUGUGUGGAGGUCACAGCAGGUCAGCAUAUUGUCCCUCAGAUGUUUGAUAUUUUAUGUAUAAGAGGGUGGCUCGAGCAGGAGGAUAAGCACGUUUCUGACAGAGGCAUCUCUCCGCCACAAUCCGCCACCUCAGCAAUGUAGAGCCCAGAGUCAGAUCAACAAUGGAGGGGAGGCGCACCCAGAGAGAGAGGGCUGAUGGGGGGGGGAAGAGAAAGAGAGAAAGAGAGACAGCGAAAGAAGCGGGUAAAAAAACCUAGAAAACCAGGACUGCUGCUGCUGCUGCUGCUGGGCAGACUGUUGCAAUAAAACUGUGAUUACGAUCGCACAGUAUAUCGUAAACAUCUGAAACAUGCAGCAACUUUAAAUAAAAGCGCACAAAAUGGAAACAAAGAACAGUCCACACAUUUGACACACGAAACCAGCUUUUUUUUUUUCCCCCCGGUUUCAGGUGCGUGAUUGUUCAGGAGCCAGUCAGUGCAUCUUCAGAUCAGCCUGUGUCGGAAGAGGAGACACCCCAGAGCGGUGCAAUCCCAACGAGCGCUCCUCACUUUCUCCUUCAGGGGGAAAAGUUUACUGCUUGCUUUUGUAGUCGGCCUCAAAAGAUUUGCGGCAGUCAGCAUUAAAAGGCACAGAUCUGAGGAGACGCCUCCAACUGAAAUACCUACAGAGAAAGAAAAGGAGGAGGCGGGGUAAACUGAUACAAACAUUAAAGACAGACGUUAAACGCUUCACUUUAUAAUGGCUUUGUACCCCGAAAACAAUAAUAACAACAAAAAUCCCCACCGUCAUCUCAUCAUGUCUUUUUUUUCCUGCGAAUGCUUUGAUUCUGUUUUUUUUUUUGUUUUUUUUUUCCUUGGCUUUGCCUUUUUUUAACUCUCUCCCACUUGUGCUCAGAUUUGGAAAGGUUGAUUUCUCUAUUCCCCUUCUGCACACAAACACACACACAGUCCGGUUACCAGGGUGAUGAUGUGGUGGAUGACAUCAUGCCCUGACUGUGUUGUAUAGCUGGUCGCGUUCUGGCAGGGUUCACGGGAUGGUGGCGUGGGUUGGUGCAGUGUUCCCUCCAUCUUUGCCUCUGUCUCUCUCUCUCUCUCUCUCUCUGUGUCUAUCUCUCUAGGCGCUCUGCAUUGGCUUGUCCAGUGCGCCUUGUGUUCCCUGGGAAAAAGAUUAAUUAUUCAACACAUAGCCUCAAUUAAAUUUAAAUUCGGCAGUUCAAGUAACCUUUUAGCAUGGUACAUUUAUUAUUAAGGCAGAUGCUUUAGCCCUGUUUAGAUUUAGAGCUUAUCGGAUUCUUUCAGCCCCUUAUCACACAGGAGGUUUACUUGUGAUGGCUGUGAGGCUUGGCCUCAGCGUGGUUACAGUACAGUUACAGGAUCUAUUCCCUCAGAGAUUACAAGCUUCUGGUUAACAUUGGUCACAAUAAAGUUCCUACAGAAGUAUUUGCACUGAACAGCAUCAUACUUUCACAGAUGACACAUACAGAACAAAGUGAGGCAUAUGGUGUUGCUGCUUUUCUUCAACUUUUUUCCAUCCCAGUUCAUACCAUUUGAAGAUACGAUCAAACAAAGCACACAAUGUGGCUUUGACCGUUUUUUUUCUGACAUCAAAAAUGUUGCGCUAUCAUCGUUCCUUGAUGUCUUUCUCUUGCAUAAUUUUCUUCUGAAUUUUCCCAUUCCUCUGCUGAAUAGAAAGCAAAAGUAGGAGCUGAUGGUAGCCGGAACAUUUAGGAAUAGACAGAGAGGGAGACAAAUCCAUCAGACCUCAUUUCAGACCAGACACAUACACUCUUACCUGAUACAUACUUAACACAUUGUGGUACGUGACAGAAAAUGCUGUGCCAUCACAUGGUAACAAACCCACAAGGUUGAUACAUGGGGACACAAAUGCUUACAUUUUAUCCUGCAGAAUGCAACACAACCAGGGACGAGGAGAAACAGCCUUGACGAUCCCUCACAAUGAUGCCCCCUCCCCCCAGUCCCUGUCUCCCCAUCUCCCUCUUUCUCCAUCCAAGGAGGUGGUGCCUUUGUUGGGCAGGAGCACAGAGACCUCACAAAGCGAGAGAAGAUGUCACAACAAACAAAAACAGGAUGGUAACCCCCGAAAUCUAAUCAGGAGCCAUUGAUUCCUGCUCUGAAUGGAGACUGAGUACCUCGAGAGUGGCUCAUCCAAUAAGGCCAUAUGAGAGCAUGACAGCGGCCUUCACAAUUCAGCUAUAUACUUCCCCAUCAUUCUGUUCUCACCUUUAGACUCGACUCCAUCAACUCAAAGAUGAUACAAUCAUCACUCCACUCCAACAUUUCUGUUUCUUUUUAUUUCACUAAUUCAUUUGUGUGCCUCAAUCAAUGAUUUCUUCUCUCUGAUUUGCAGAUUUGUAUGGAUUUUUUUUUUGAGUGAAUACUAAUAGGUUUGCUUUGUGGAUGCAGAGAUAUGAGUCUUUCGUCCUUUAGUUCCUCUGAUUGAGCUCAUGAAGGACACUUCAUUCCAGCAAUUAAGCACAAAGUAAACCUUUCCUUAGCAGGCUUGCCUUUUAUUUACUAUUUUUCUGUUUUAAAAUUUUAAAUGUAAAAGACACAAUUUUGCAAAUGUUAAUGUGUACACACGACAAACACUUCUCUAUGAAAAUAAUGUCUUUCCUUUUUUCCAUUACCACUAUCACAUUAAUGCCUUUUCUUUUCUUUUUUUCAUCAGCACCACUUCAAAAAACAACAACAAUAUUAAGAAUGUAACUCUAUUAACUCGUAUGGGAAUCUGUGACAUUUCAAAUGACAUUAUUUAAUCUAUAAUAUGUGCAUGCCCUUCUGAGUCCUUUUUUUUUGUUAAUGCUCAAUAUAAUGCAACAACUUUGCUCUUAUUACUUGAAAUGAUACUUUGGCAUUAGAGGGUGAAGGUAUUGAUUUUGGAACCCAGAGCAUUUAUUGUGGAGGUAAAUGUUAUUAUUUUAAUAUUGGGCUCAUGCUAAUUUAAUAGAGCGUAACAUACACGUCAGGGUGUGAGCCGCAGGGGUCUCUCUUUCUCUCUCUCUCUCUCUCACACUCUCUCUUUCUUUGUCUAUGUCACUGAGAAUAGUAUACAAUAUCCAGGUAAUGUCAAAGACUAGUUAUGUCUGCUCCCAGGUUUUGUUUUUGCAGGUCCUGCUUUACUGAGCAGAGAUGGCCUCUUUGGGAAACAAAUUGUAGACACAGUUGUAACCUGCUUACAAUGUAAUUGUGCAACCAUUUAAAAUGAACUGCUAGUAUAAAGAAAAUCAUAAAAAAAUACCAAAAA